UUGCUGUCAAGAUGUCCGACAUCUGUGGUUUACCUUUCUGACAAAAGAAAAUUUAUUAAUUUAUCCAGAAAAGUGUGCCUUUGUAAUAUUCUCUGCUUUCGUUUCGUAUGUAAUUGCGGUGCGUAACCCAAAUUAAAUUCCGAGAAUGGUGAAGAAAAAGAGACAGAGUGAUCCGACCGAGAACGGUGAUGAAUCUACGGAAUCUUGCGAUGAAUCCGCAAAAUCCACAUGCCCUCACAUUGCGAAAGCUGUGGACGUUUCAAAGUUGAAGAGAGCUCUGAAAACUGGUGGUUUUGAGAAGGAAUGUUCGGAGUGCAAAAAGAAUCCGAAAACGGAAGUCGACGAUCCGAACUUCGAAAUAGAUUUAACGCUAUGGAUGUGCUUACGAUGCGGGUCCCAAUUAUGUGGCCGUGCUCGGAAUAAGCACGCCCUUAAUCAUUUCAACACACCCCACUCAGACUGCCAUGCUCUCACUACUAACACUACCACUUGGGAAGUAUAUUGUUACAAUUGUAAUAACGAAGUAACUACAGCUAGCUCUAAGAAACUCCAUGAGUGCAUUGAAUACCUUAAGAAACAAGCUAUCGGUAAUCCUAGGUUGCCUCCCAUAGAACUGUUCCUUGACUGUCCAGGACAGAAAAAUGCAGAUGCACCAGUAACAGAGACUAUAGUUAAAACUGAUAAGGGUAAAGAUAAAGCAAUGGCUUUGAACUUGCCGAGGGUGAGGGGGUUGACAAAUUUGGGAAACACAUGCUUUUUCAACUCUGUGAUGCAGUGUCUUGUGCAGACACCAUAUCUAUUGGAUGUUUUGCAAGAAAUGGCUGUUCCGGGUGAGAGGUUCACUCUACCUGGAGGCAAGUUAAAGCUGAAAGGCGAUAAUAGCGGGGAUGACAGCAAGGAUGUAGACUUGCCACCAAUCACAGGACAGCUCGGAGAAUGGGGCCCAUUGACGAGGACAUUGGCUGAAACAUUGGCGGAAUUACAGACAGGUGAAGGCGGUGUGUACACCCCACGCAAGUUGCUAUCAGCUCUAGUCAACAAACUGCCGCAGUUUGGUGGAGGCGACCAACAUGACUCACAUGAACUGUUACGGCAUUUGCUUGAAGCUGUCAGAUCUGAAGACCUGCGUCGUUACCAGUCAGUGAUACUCAGCAGCCUCGGCAUGAACUCAAAAGUGGAUCCGGCCAAGGUAGAUGGAGAGGUGCGACAGAAGGUCAAGUUUUAUGGACAGCAAGCUUCUGAUACUAUGCUUAGACCAGAACAGGUGUUCCGUGGCUUCCUGGUAUCCACGUUAGAAUGUCAAGAGUGCUACCAGCAGUCUGACAGAGCGGAAUACUUCCUGGACCUGUCCCUACCUGUGGCUGCGUCUCGCCCACAACCACCAGCGCUCACGAGGAGACGAGCGAAUGAGGACAAUUUAUAUAACACCCUAGAGGAGAACAAACCCUCUAAACAUCAGCUCAAGAAGGAAAGAUUGGCUGCAAGAAAGGCCGCUAGGAAGAAAGGUGGUACUAAAGACAAGGGCACCGACGCGAACGGCAAAGAGGACGGUAAGUCAUCUUCCGAUCAAUCAGACGCAGACGUUGAAGACAAUCUCGAGGACUUGCCCAAAGCGAACGCACACGCUUCCACGGCCACACCCCCCCUCCCUCACACAGCUGCCAACUUCGCAGUCUACCAUAUGGAAUCUGGAUAUAAUUCAGAAAAAGUCAUCAGUUCAGACUCCAUCCGAACCAGCCCCGUCGAUAUGGACAAAGAGAAAACGGAUAAUACUCCAGAAUCAACGGAUAAAGAUAAAGAAUUCGCGGAAGUCGCAACAUCUACCCUGCCCAUCCCGUUGGACUAUAAACCACUCGUGCCGUUGGAAAAUUUCUCCAACCCAGACUCAGGGGUCGCCAGCCCGGAUGCAACUAAACAUAACUCGACUGAAACAGUUGAUAAUGUGGAUUCUCCAAUAAACGGCAAGGAAAUGGGCAGCCAUAGCUCACUAUCCAGCGAAAUCAACCUCGACCUAUCUACUCCACAACACAAGUUGUCGCCCGUGAAGAAUGAAUACGAACGCCCGGUUUCGAGAAUAUCUUUCGCGCCAGAAUAUUCGAAUGAAGUUGUCUCGCGCGGUAUUAGCACGCAAGCGUGCAGAGAUCUCUUGGAACACAAUUGGGAGUUCAACUCGCUCAGUCCGCAAGAUACGGUAAACGAUAUUAAUAACCAAGAAGUCAGUAAUAAACUGGAUAAAUUGAAACUGGAUAUGGAUGAAAUUAAACCGAAACCGACCUUCCCCUCCCCGGUAUCGACGGAGAAUAAUAUUGACGCACCGCCCGUGCCUCGACCAAAAGUUUAUAAUGAACCAGAUAGAAGCAUCACACGAGAUUUCAUGUCCUUCCCGCGACAGAGUCCUCUAUCUCCCAGAUAUGUGUGUGAUGAAGACGAAUGCAGCAUUCAGUCCUGUCUCAGCCAAUUUACGGCUUUGGAGCUACUCACUGAUAAUAACAAAGUCGGCUGUGAAACGUGCACAGAGAGAGCCAAUGGCAAAAAUGGUAAAACAGUUUACACGAAUGCGUCGAAACGCUUCUUGGUAUCGAGCCCGCCCGCAAUACUCAUCUUGCACUUGAAGAGAUUCCAGAUCGGGCCGCGCUGUAUGUUCAGGAAGAUGUCCAAGCACGUCGAUUUCCCGACUAUACUAGAUUUGGCUCCAUUCUGCGCUAUGGAUAAGCUAAAGAAGCUACCCAACGUUACUCGCGGACAGAACGAACUGCUUUAUUCGUUAUACGGAGUCGUGGAACAUUCUGGUGGUAUGCACGGCGGACAUUACGUCGCAUACGUUAAAGUUCGUCAAGCGGUGAAGCGAGGAGACCCUAAAUGGUGGUUCCUGCCAAAGAGCGCUAACAUCCCGGCGUCUGGCAGUGGGGAUGGCGAUGGCGAUUCAGAGUCUGAUCUAUCCGGAUACGAAUCAGGGGAAGGACCGACUCCGUGCGCAGAAGCACCUCCCGGCAGGUGGUUCUACGUGUCCGACAGCAUGGUGUCUGAAGUGACUGAGGAGAAAGUGUUGCGGGCCCAGGCGUAUCUUCUCUUCUACGAGAGGAUCCUAUAAAUACUGAAGGCCUAACGGUUUCGGAUCGUAAGGAAUGGCAUUUAAGUGGAAGACUGACGCUUGUAGAGUCGGAACGCGUAGGAUGCGUGAUGUGUUAAGUUUUAACGACGUUCUGUAUAUAGCUUCUUAUGGCUUCUCAUCGGUGUGUACCGUUUUAUUGCGUUAUUUUAAAGCCGAUCUUCUUGUAAAGUAACUCAUUAUUUAUACAGUAUGAAUGCAGUUUUGGUUUAACUGCUGAAUAUAAAACAUAGUUCAAUAUUUGCUGUAAUUAUUUUUCUAUUCUUUCCAUCCUGUAGGUUUUCAUGCCUAAGUACAUAUUUUAUUGUUGUGUCAUACAAUAGUACGUUAUCAUAUAUUCAUGUUUUAUACGAUUAUAUUAUGCUUAUGCGUAUAAUAUUAUUCAUAUUAAAUAUUUUAGUGGUGCCUCUACUAUUUUCGUUCCAAUUUAGUUUCUGAUAAAAUCCUCUAAUUUGCUGCUGUUUUAAUUAUGAAUGAAUGAGGCGGUGUAAGUUUUAAUAAAACGCCAACAUAAAAAACGAACUUAUUAAUGAUAACCUUGUUAUUUUGAUAUUUUAUUUAUAUUGUUUCCAGAUACGUACCAAAUUAAGUUAUUAUUUGUACGGGAAACAUUUGAGCUGUCUGUAUUUUUGUUUGUUAGGACUCGAUUUAACGGAAUGGUCUUCCAUUGGGUGUCAAGGUAGAAUUUUAUCGCAUCUCGUAUCGUAUAAUCAUACAUUAUUUAUAAUACAUAAUGAAAUGUUUAUUGCAUGUAUUAUUUUCGAUUUUAUGUAUGUAUUUCAUGGCUUCUGUUUCAUCGCUUUGAAAUAAAUUAGUAUUACAUUAAUUUAUCUUUGUUUAUAAUUUAUCCCAAGCCACUGCCCGAUUGGAAUUUUAAUUUAAUACGAUCUACGGCUGUAUGAAUAUGCUCAAUGAUCUUUAAUUGUAUUUUAAAUAGCUUAAACGAUUUUUACAAGCCAGAAUAGCGUACUUUAGCUAAUACGAACACAGUAGAUUUUGUUAAGUAGCAAAAUGAAGGCUUUGAUCUACCGUCGUAAUUUUUAAGACCAAAUAGGUUUAUACGUCACAAAGAUAACUCAAUCUGCUAAAAUUGAUAUCUUUUCAUAUUAAAUGGAAAGCUUCUCGACGAUUAUACAAUCGGAUCUCACAGGAUCGUUGCAAAUGUUAGAGCAAAAUUUAAAAAGCUUGUUAAUUUAUUUUACAUGCCCUGUAUACUUUUACCUUGAUAUUUAGUGUUGCUUGUUGUUUAUUAAGUUUGCGUUCAGGAAUAUCGUGCGUUGUGACGUUAGAUUUGAUUAUGAUAUACAUAUUGGUAACUUUGUAUAUUGAAGCAUACUAUGUGUUGAACAGGUGAAUUAAAUAAUUAAAAAAACUGA